AUGCGCGCAGUGACCAUUUACAUGAACGAUACGACGGUCGACAUAUGCUCCGGCUUCCAAGAAGAGAUCCAACCGAUCGACUGCUACAACUCGACCUUCGUAUACUACAGUAUCGACUUCUGCGACGCCGGCGCCAUUGGUGAAUCACCAUCUGCCACAUCCACGCCUACGCCUACAUCGACCCCAUCGUCCACACCCACUCCCCCAGGCUCCUCAGGCUUGUCGACGGGCGCGAUAGCGGGAGCAGCAGUCGGAGGAGGCAUAGGUCUGGGCAUAAUAAUUGGAUUAGCGGUGUUCUUCAUCAUGAGGAGGCGGCAUUCGUCACGCCCACGGGAGAUGUCAGGUUCUACGGAGCUUACGAGCGUGACGCCAUACGAGGUCCACGCAAAGCAUAUUCAGGAGUUGGGACCAGGAGCGGUGGCAUACAAACACGAACCUGUGGAAAUUGAACAACCGCCUGUUGAACUCGGCGGCAUGGAGCUGCGACGACAUGAAGAAAAAGGCAUGCAUUAA